AUGUUUUUAGGAAGAGGUGGAGGUGCAAGUCUUGGCGGCGGAGUCAUCUUUGGCGGAGGAGGUGCACCCGUCAAUGGACCAGCACCAGUGCCGAAACUCAUUCCUGGCGGAGCUGCAAUCACAGGAGCAGUAGGGGCAGCCGGAGCCGUUGACACUGGUGCAGACGGAGCGUUUUCAUUGUUCUCGUGCGUUCCUUCCAAACGUUGUCUCUUGGCAUCCGGCUCAACGUACCCAUCUGCUUCGCCAGUCAAAUCCUUCAUCAUCAUGUCGAGCUCUCUAUCGUGUCUGGCCGUUUCCUCCAAAUCGGCUCUACAAUCUCUUGCAAUAUGCCCAAUGUUUCCACACCGAGAACAAACCAAAGACUGUGCAAAGUUCUGUCUCCCCAAGUUGGGACACUCGUACCGUUUGUGUCCCUUUUCUCCACAAUUCAAACAAACUUUUUCCUCGGAGACUCGAAGUGUUCCGUUUAAAAUUGCCAGCUGCUUCAGCUGGUCUCUUUUAUGCUCGUUCUGGCCCUCUGGAGCACUGAUAGCGUUCUUGAUGAUCUCUCCACAAAGCUUCAUGGCCUUUUGGAUCUUGUCUUCUGUGUCUGCUGUGAUCAGACAAUGCAAGUCGUCGUCCAUAUUGUUCUGGUCGGUCCUCACCAACGCAGAAUUUCGUCCCUCUUUAACAGACCCUCUUCCUCUAAUACCUAUCUUGGCUCCGCUUUUCUCUUGA